UGGGGGGAUCAUUCUUGCUCUCACCAGCAACGUUGCUCGAUGAACAUCUUUGACUGACACAUUGACAUUGAAUCCCACAUUGUCCCCAGGAAGAACCUCACUCAAAGCUUCGUGAUGCAUUUCAACAGACUUUACUUCAAUUGUGACAUUGACAGGAGCAAAGGUGGUCACCAUGCCAGGUUUGAGAACACCAGUCUCCACUUGGCCCAUAGGGAUGGUUCCAAUACCACCAAUUUUGUACACAUCCUGAAGGGGCAGGCGCAAAGGCUUGUCAGUGGGACGAGUUGGUGGCAGAAUGCAAUCCAAAGCCUCGAGCAAGGUGGUACCACUGGCACUGCCGCAUUUACAGAUACUUCUUUGGAAAUGAGUUGCACAAUUGAGAAGGCACUUGCUGAUGCUAAAGCCCUGGUGGAAAGGUUGAGAGACCAUGAUGACGCAGCAGAGUCUCUGAUCGAACAGACCACGGCUCUCAACAAGCGAGUAGAAGCAAUGAAGCAGUACCAGGAAGAAAUUCAAGAACUUAAUGAAGUUGCAAGGCAUCGACCUCGGUCCACGUUAGUUAUGGGAAUCCAGCAAGAAAACAGACAAAUCAGAGAACUGCAACAAGAGAACAAAGAAUUACGUACAUCCUUGGAAGAGCAUCAGUCCGCCUUGGAACUUAUAAUGAGCAAGUACCGAGAACAGAUGUUUAGACUGCUAAUGGCUAGCAAAAGAGAUGAUCCUGGGAUAAUAAUGAAGUUAAAAGAGCAGCAUUCCAAGAUUGACAUGGUCCAUCGUAACAGCUCCGAGGGAUUUUUCCUUGAUGCAUCUCGACCCAUCCCUGAAGGACCUCAACACGGCCUGGAGAGGAGGCACUGGGAAGCAAAUCAUAAUGAGUUACAGGCACAUGUUGACCAGAUAACUGAAAUGGCAGCAGUAAUGAGGAAAGCCAUUGAAAUUGAUGAGAAGCAAGGUUGCCAGGAACAAGAACGGAUAUUCCAACUCGAACAAGAAAACAAAGGCUUGAGAGAGAUUCUUCAGAUCACUCGAGAAUCAUUUCUGAACUUGAGGAAGGAGGAUGUAUCUGACAGCACAUCUUUGUCAGCCUUGGUGACCAGUAGUGACCUGAGCCUGCGGAAGAGCUGAGGGGUGCCAGGUCUGGAGCCUCGGGCACAGCUUCAUUAGUCACUAGAACUGGCCUGUGAAUGAAUGAAUGACACAAAACUCAAAUUUCAAUUAAUCCUUUUUCCCAUCUAUAGUAAAUAUAGUUCCCUAGUUAAAGAGAUGACAGCAACAGAAGCCAGGCGCCAGUGACUUCCACCUGUAAUCCUAGGUACUCAGGAAGUUGGGAUCUGAGGGUCGUGGUUUGAAGCAAGGCUGGGCAACAAAAUCUGUUAAGACUCUUUAUCUCCAAUUAACCAGCAAAAAAUGGAAGUGGAGUUGUAGCUAAAAAAGUAGAGCACCAGUCUUGAAUGAAGUAAGGGGCAGCAUCCAGGCUCCAGUACUGGACUCUCCCCCACCAAAAAAAAAAAAACAGUAGCAACAACAAAAAGUAUAGUUAAUUAUCAUAACUUAUUCCAGAACAUAAUUGAGAAGCAGAAACUGAUCUAAUGUAUUUUGAGAAGCAGGAACUGAUCUAAUGUAUGGUGGCCCAAUGAAACAUGUUCACAGUGACUGUUGAACCUAUAUAGCAAGGCAGUUCUCAAAAGUAACAGUGAUGUUACUAUUCUAGAUUACUUGCAGAUAAACAAAUACUCCCAAUAAAUGUUUGGAAUUUUAUAGAAUUAUCUCAAUUUAAAAUAAAUGAUUUUGUUGUGUUUUUUUUUUUUUUAAUGGAAAAUCCUCAGACUACAUUUUAUCCAUUUGUCAAAUCAACAAAUAUAUACCAUGAAUCUUUGUAAUUUACUUCUAGAUAAUUUACUAUCACUGAUACUUAGCUAAUAGUUGUCCAUGACUUAAUUGUACGAAUUAUCAUUUUAAGAAUGAAAGAGAAGGAAUAUUACUUUCUAAGAAAGAAGGUCUUACAGUAGACAUAUUUAGUAGGUUCAACUACUCCUUUGAAAAAGUUUUGGUUCUCAGUUAAUGAAAAUAUGAUUUUUUGCUCAGGCCCUGAGCUCAAGCCCCACAACUAACAAAACAUGAUUUUUCUCUUCUGAUUAUUUAAGUAUAUUAGUUCAUUUAGCCAAUAGAGUUGAAAUAUUUGAGAAAGCAAGGUGGGUGUGAUUAUUUCAAAGUAAACUCAGAACUCCUAAGGUUUCUGGAACCUUUCCCCACCCCCAUUUUUUUUAAAGUAAUUAUUCUUAAGAUAGAGAAAAAAAUAGAUUUUUUUUUUAAGUUUCUGAGUCUAUUUUAAGUUCCAUCUGGUCCUUAUAACCUGCAAGAUUUUUCUUAAACCUUUUAUGUGGGAGCCAGACUCACACCUGUAAUCUUAGCUACUCAGGAGGCUGAGAUCUAAGGAUCACAGUUCAAAGCCAGCCAGGGCAGGAAAGUCUGUGAAAUUCUUCAGUAAACUGCUCAGAAAAAGCUAGAAGUAACACAGUGGCUUCAAGUUGUAUAGCACUAGGCUUGAAUAUAAAGAGGCUCAGGGGCAGCACCCAGGCCCUGAGUUCAAGGCCCAGAACCCAACGGGGGAAAUAAAAAACCUUUCACGUGGGAAGGAAGAGUAGAAAUCUGGAUUUAUAAGGAUUUGUCUCAUUUUUAAACAUGUGUACAGUAAAUUGAUAUAAAUGUGCUUUACUACCAUUUGAAACCUAACUUUUUAAGAUAGCCAUUAGAAUAAAAGAAUAUCAAAUAUGAUUAAAUAUACAUGUUAAAGUUACCACAAGUAAAAUAUUCUACUUUUGCACAUAGAAUUUGUUAAAUUAGAUACUUCUUCACAUGGUUGUUCUUAUGUAUAAUUUCAUAUAUUGGUAAAAUUGAAACUUCUCACUUCUGAUGUUUUCUCAGAUUUGGAGUUAAUGAGAUAAAUUUGGGCAGAAUGAGCAGAAAAGGGCUAAUGGACCAAAUUAUUAAAUAAAUUCAUUCAGAGGCCUUAAUAGUUUAUAAGUGAAUUUUUUAUUUUCAAACUUCUCUGUUGGGUGUUUAGGAAAGUAUUUAUUUAUUGUCAUUCAAAUAGAUUUUACACAAGUAAAAAUUAAAGAAAAUAAGCUACAUAUUGAGAUCAAGUCUGAGACAAUUUGAUGUGGCAGCUCUAUUAUUAAACAUUACUUAGUAAUUUUUUUUUACAAACAAGUUGAGUUAAUUAAUUCUUGUUCGUCUUGCUUCUAGAUAAUCUGAAGGUCUUGAGUGUUAAGAUAUUUGCUUUGUUGUGUAGCAAAAUUUACAUCCAUUUUUGUUUUAAAUAAACAAUCUUAAAUUUAUGUCUUAGUAUGUACUUCAUAUAUAACUGUGUACAAUCCUGUUUUGCCAAUAAAGAUGAAUAAUUAAAACUG